AUGGAUCGCCAUUUAGAGCCCAUGGUAGUAGCUGAUGCUAGACAGCCUACUCUGUCGGAACGUCUACAGCCAAUUCUCAUUUUGGCUUCUUCAACAGCUCUGGUUUUCACAGGAUGUGGCAUCAACUUCACAUUCGGUGUCUACCAGGAUCUGUAUGACUCUAUGUCCAAGCUCCCUAAUACGCCCUUUACCGGUGCAACCCCGGCGCAGAUUGAUCUCAUUGGCACACUAUCCAUCGCGCUCAUGACAAUAGGCGCACCGUUCACAACGGCUUGGAGUAAACAAUAUUCGCCUCGAUCAGUCAUCUGGAGUGGCGGGGUUAUCUAUUCCGUCGCACUUGUUCUUGCCAGCUUUAGUCAAGCUCUAUGGCAGUUCCUUCUCACCCAGGGUCUUCUACUUGGAAUUGGAACCUGCAUGGCCUACAUGCCCUCCGUGACAGUGGCACCCACCUGGUUCUCAAGCCACCGCGGACUUGCCAUGGGAAUCAUUCUUGCCGGGACCGGUGUCGGGGGAGUCGCCUGGCCCUUGGCGUUUCGGUAUCUCAUUGAACGCGUGGGAUUCCGGAAUUGCCUCCGCAUCACCGCCGCGAUUUCCUUCGUGCUAAUUAUGGUGUCGGGCAUUUUCAUGCGAUGGCCCGAUAGCCAGUUGACCCGUAUCCAGGCAGAGAAUGCCGCGAAUUCACGAGCAAGCUUUCUGCGUAUUCCGCUGGUUGACUGGCGUGUCGUGCGCACUCGCAAAUUUGCCGCCCACGCAUUAGGAGCAGCCCUUCAGUCGGCUGCAUACUACACGCCAGUGUUCUUCUUUGCCUCUUUUGCGCGCACACUGGGUUACUCACAGGCCACAUCAGCCAACUUCAUUGCGAUUUCGAACGCAGCGAAUGCUGUUGGCAAGAUUGCCAUCGGGUAUGCCGCAGACCGUAUGGGCCGGCUGAACACAUUGUUCUUGACAACGCUGCUGUCAUCCGUGGCUGUACUUGCCCUUUGGCUCCCUUCUUCCCUAUCAACGAGUCAGUCCAGUGGCAGCGCCCUAUUCAUCGUGUUCACCGUGUUCUAUGGAGUGUUUGCCUCGGCCUAUGUCUCACUGUUUCCGACAAGCCUGGUAGAGCUGUUUGGUGUGCAAAAUUUCGUCGGUGUUAACGGCGCGCUGUAUAUGGUGAGAGGACUUGCAACGUUGCUAGGGACUCCUAUCGCUGGCCUGUUGAUUCGUAGCAGUCAACACCAAACGACGAACUCACACAGUUAUGUGAAUACUAGUAUCAUGGUCGGCGUCUUACUGGCUGCUGCAACAUUUGCAGUGCUAUGGGUUAGGAUUGAAGCAACUGUGAUAUUGGAAGGGGGACAGAGACCUCGCAGAAAGUGGCUAAUGUAA